CGGAGAGUCUCGGUGAGGUUCGCUGUCAGAACCGCUGCUGCAAAGAGGGCAGUGACCGUAUUUUUGCAGAUAUCUAUCAUUUCUCGGGUUAAGUGGGAGCUGUGUCAUAAUAAAACACAUUUACGCCUGUGAAGUGAAGCAACCUGCCUCUCCACAAAUGCAAGCUAUUAAAUGCGUGGUGGUCGGCGACGGGGCGGUGGGUAAGACCUGUCUGCUCAUCAGCUACACCACAAAUGCCUUCCCCGGCGAGUACAUCCCGACAGUGUUUGACAACUACUCUGCCAAUGUGAUGGUCGAUGGCAAACCAGUGAACCUUGGCUUAUGGGAUACAGCAGGACAGGAAGACUAUGACCGCCUCCGUCCCCUCUCGUACCCGCAGACGGAUGUGUUUUUAAUAUGCUUUUCUUUGGUGAGCCCAGCAUCCUUUGAGAACGUCCGUGCUAAGUGGUACCCUGAGGUGCGACAUCACUGCCCCAACACACCCAUCAUCCUGGUGGGCACCAAACUGGACCUGCGAGAUGAUAAGGACACCAUAGAGAGGCUGCGGGACAAAAAGCUGUCGCCCAUCACCUACCCACAGGGCCUGGCCAUGGCCCGAGAGAUCGGUGCGUGCUGUGAAGUACCUGGAGUGCUCGGCCCUGACCCAGCGAGGGCUAAAGACUGUGUUUGACGAGGCCAUCCGCGCCGUCCUCUGCCCUCCACCCGUCAAGAAACGCGGCAAGCGCUGCACUCUCUUCUGAGCAGAAGCCAUGACAAUCCCUGGCACCCAAACCCACACACAACUACAAUAUUUUUAAUCAGCGUCCUGGAAAACAUAUUGUACUUCUCUCACAGGUUCGGUGACAGCCGUCCAUGAAGUUCUAAUGCACAUCACAUGUAUAUGAACCAUUGGCUAGAAGCGUCCAGGCGGAGGGAAACCUCGUGGUAGAUUGUUUUUCGCGUCCUCACGCGCCCAGAGAUGUAAUAUUCCAUUUCAUAUUGUUUAUAUGAGAAGUUUUAGUGGUACAGUGUAAUUGUUGACAUACUGUAAGGAAGUGUUUCUUGGUGUCGUAAAGGAAGCGUUUCAAAGAAAUGGGAAAGUUC